AUGGCCUUUACGCUUCCCGAACUCCCCUACAGCAAAGACGCGCUUCAGCCGCACAUCUCAGCGGAGACGCUCGAGUUCCACCACGGCAAGCACCACAACGCUUAUGUUAACAAACUCAAUGCGCUCACCGAGGGCACUGAGAACGCCGGCAAGAGCCUUGAAGAUCUGAUCAAGUCCACCGACGGUGGCCUCUUCAAUCAGGCCGCGCAGGUCUGGAACCACACGUUCUACUGGCACAGCAUGAGCCCGAACGGCGGCGGCGCUCCGACCGGCGCGAUCGCGGACGCGAUCAACAAAGCCUUCGGCAGCUUCGACGACUUCAAGACGAAGUUCACGGCGGCCGCGGGCGGUCAGUUCGGCUCGGGCUGGGCUUGGCUCGUCAAGGAUGGCCGCGGCAACCUAGAGAUCGUCACCACGGCGAACGCGGGCAACCCGAUGACGGACGGUAAGACACCGGUCCUGACCUGCGACGUCUGGGAGCACGCGUAUUGUGACUACCGGAACGCUCGUCCGAAGUACCUCGCGGCCUGGUGGAACCUGGUCAACUGGGACCACGCCAACGCGAACCUGUAG